GUUAUUGUUUAGGUAUAAUUAUCAUGAUUUAUAAAACUGAUGGAUGAAACCAUCAAAAUUACUUUUAGGCAUAAAUUUUCUAUGAAAUAUAUACUGUCGUAGAUCAGAGCUAAUAUUGAUUUCUUAUUAUUAAGACCAUAUUUAUACUACAAGCCAACCAUAUAAUAUUAUUAUUGUGCCGACUUUAGCCUGUUGCUAUGAAUUUGAUUUUUUUAAUUUGCUAAUAAUUUCUUGUGCUUAACGAUUUGCCGGUUGCUACUUAAAUUUGGAAGCAUUCCAUUCCCAUUACAGAGAUUAACUAUAUAUAAAGGAGCAUAAUUUCUUCCCUUAAACACAACCAAAUACACUUGGCUUUAGAGAUUAAUAAAUUACUAAAUACAAUUAAUAGCUAAUUAAUUAAUCUCUAAUGGCCUCUAAUCAAUUUAUUGCCUUUGUAAUUGCAGCAAUUAUUUUUCCUACCGUAGCCAUGGCUACUGACUAUGUUGUUGGGGAUGAUGCAGGCUGGAAAGUUGGUGUUAACUAUACUCAGUGGGCUAUGGGCAAAACUUUUCAUAUUGGUGACACAUUAAUGUUUAAUUACGGAGCACCACAUAAUGUGAUGAAAGUGAAUGGAGCUGCCUUCAAGGACUGCAACAAUGCAACAGGAACUCUUUUAGACAAUCCCAAUGGCAUGGUCACACUUAGCCAAGCAGGCAAAAAAUGGUACAUUUGUGGUUUUGGUUCUCACUGUAGUACAGGCGGCAUGAAGCUCGUCAUUAAUGUCGAAUCCGACGGUCCGGCACCGGCUCCCAGUCACUCCGACAAAAUCCUCUCAUCGUGGUACCAUAUUUUGGUUGCAGUCGCAGUGGUGAUGGCAAUGAUCGCAAUGUGAACCUGAGCAAGAAAUACAUCACAAUCAAUAUAAUUUAAAAGUAAAAUAUGAGGGUGGAAAAUAAAGUUAAUUUGGUAUCGUAACAUGUUUUUUCAUUAUUAAUUUAUCUAAUAAUAUUGUCAGGAAAGCUUAUCCUUAAUAAGUUUUGUGUCUGAGUUAUAAUCUUGUAAUGUUGACAUUUUGUUAUAGAAAAUUUAUUCAUAAGUAUAUCGAAGAAGUUUAAUUUCACUA